AUGUCUCGAGGCGGCGCAAAUAAUAUGUCUGACUUCGAUUUUUUCCCGAUAGACUCGUCUUUUGAGAUUGAUGAACCAGACUUCGACACCGACGAUGAAGUCAAGAGCCCAACCUCAUUUGCCAGACUUCGACGCUUCCGUAGCAACUCAACAUCGAACAUCGCCACUCAAGCCGAAAAGCUCAACACCGAUAUCCGUCUGCCACAUUCCUCGUCUUCCAGUUCGAAGUGGGAGUGCAAGCCUCCCAGUACUGGCUUGGCACGGAACGCCACCGGCGACCCAACCGACGAACGUCUAUUGCUCCCAAUGAAGAUUUAUGAAGGCAGAAGAGUCAGUCGAGAUGGCAAGGUUCUCGACCACAACGGAGAUGUCUUUGGGGAAGUUGUCAUAGGUGACAUCCAAGACUGCGCGGGAGAAUACAUCCGCGAAGAGGGCAAGAUCUUUUCGGCCACUGGUAUCCUGCUUGGCCGAAUCAAAAUAGUGCCAGGAAAUGCUGCGCGCGAUGCACUUGCGGACUGGAUGGAUACGCUGCCACCAGUUGAGUCGAGUGUCGGUCAAAGUGAAAGCGAUGAAGGCUCUCCGCUCCACUCUAAGAGUAACUCACCGGAAGCAAUGCUCAGUACAAAUGCCUUGAAAUGCGCCGAGAUGGCGAAGAACAGCGAGAGAAUCAGAACAUCGACUUUCCUCUCUCUGCAAGGCGAGGCAAUACAGCGAAUCGAGUUUGAGAAGAUGGAGAGGAAGAUCAACUCGCUGAGCAAUCAACUGCGGAGCAUCGAGAACGAUAUUCCUGCCCACAUGCACCCAAAAUUGUAUGAAAGGCUUUCCUUCGGAGAAGUUACAGCAACAUACAACAGGAUCCUUGCUGCGAUCGCAGAGCAGCGUACAUGGCGAGUUUCAGAAGGCGGUUCUGAAGCGACCGGCGUCUGGAGACCGGCAGUCAAGCUGUCGCACCCAAAAUUGUCAGUUGUGAAUGGGAUCGAGAUGGUCUCAGACAUGAUGGACGGUAUCUUGGCGGCACUGAAAGUUCCGGCGCCCUACCAUCUCGCGCUUUCUCUUCAGGGAAAGCCGCUUGGCCGUGGCGGCGAUAUCUCGAUUGUGACGGUUUACGUACCUAGCUUCGACUACGUCUACCUCCUCGAUGUCGCAGUCCUCGGCGCCGCAUCAUUCAACUGCUCUGGUACAGGCACGAACUCCUCUACCGAUCUGCGUCGCAUCCUCCAAACCCCAGAUGUUAAGAAACUGAUAUUCGACUGUCGACUCCCCAGCAUCGCUCUCCAUGACGGCUACGGUAUCAAGCUCGAUGGAGUCAUCGAUGCUCAAUUAGCUUUCUGCGCCACGAGGACCAAGCCCAAGGAACGGAAGCAGCUCAAUGUCCUUACAAAAGCCGCGCUUCAUGCUACGUCCAUGGACAAAGAGGACCAGAAGACAUGGAAGUCCGAUGUCAGAUGGGGAAAUGUCUGCCUUGUCCUCGGAAAGACUAGCACGGAAAAUGCAAAGAGGAUCUGUGCGGAGGACAGCGACCAGUGGCACAAAGUUGAGCGUUUAAUUGCUUAUACAAAAGCCCAAUCUGGUUUUGAGGGCUGCAAUGCUCGACCGAUUCCCCAGCUCCUAGCUAGGUAUUAUGUCGCUCAAGUCAUCCUCCUCGGCCCCCUGGUGGAGUACUGUACUACUCACCCAGUAUGGAACGAGGCCUUGGCGACGCAGAAUGGGACGACUUACCUCAAGGAGACAGAUUUUGGAAUGCGGCGCCUGAGGGAUGGGCGGAUUUUGAGCAUGAGAGAGGAGAGGAGUAGUAGCAGACACUUUGGGAUUGGUCUCUUCCAUUGCGCGUAA